CUGACUGCCGUGCAGCCACGAAUCAUGACAAAGCUAUGCGGCAGUUAUCCACCCUCCUACAACCUCACCUUUGUCUCCUCGCAGAAUGUCAUGUUGGUGACUCUGGUAUCAGAUGACAAAGAAAAACAUCCUGGAUUCAUGGCGGAAUUUUACCAGAUCCCAAAAACAACACUCUGUGGAGGAAUGCUUCGGGAUGCCAGCGGAAUGAUCAGCACGCCGUUCUACCCUGCACACUACCCCCCCAACAGAGAGUGCUUUUGGGACAUCCAGGUUCCUGGAGACAUGUAUGUGAAAAUUCGGUUUCAGUUGUUUUACCUUUAUGAGCCGGGUGUGUCCAUCAGCAGCUGUCCCAAUGACUAUGUGGAGGUCAAUAAUCAGAGAUACUGCGGAGAACGCUCACCAUUUGUUGUUUCAAACAACAGCAGCAGAAUCGUGGUGAAGUUCCGCUCUGAUCAAGCCUAC